AAAUUACCCUUUCUUUCUCUUUUGCUUGUAAAUGCAACAACAAGAAACAUGUAUCCACCCAAUCCACAUCGAUUUGCAUUUUCACUAAACUUUCCAAACAAUAACCACACCCAACAUCCCUAUUAUAUGUGAAUGCAAACGAUCAAUGCAACUUUCUUUAUUUUCGCUUUUCCAAUUAUCUUUCGGUUCCAUUUUCAUUUUCAUUCAUAUUUCCAUUUCCAUUUGCUAACCAUUGAGUUCCUCCGUACCAUAAACUUCCAUGACCCAUAAUUGUAGAUUUGAUACUAUCAUUUGAUCCAAAAGCUUUUUUCCCAGUUCGUUGGAUAUCACGUGCACACCUAUUUAGUUUCACUCCCUUAUAGCAACGAAGGAAAAGAUGGGUGAGGGAGAGAAAUUUCAGUUGGGGACGGUUGGGGCGUUGAGUCUCUCUGUGGUUUCGUCGGUGUCAAUUGUGAUAUGUAAUAAGGCACUAAUGAGCACGCUGCGCUUCAUUUUCGCUACAACUUUGACAAGUUGGCAUCUGCUUGUAACAUUUUGUUCGCUUCAUGUGGCAUUAAAAAUGAGAUUUUUUGAGCACAAACCUUUUGAUCAGAAAGCUGUAAUGGGGUUUGGAAUUCUAAAUGGAAUCUCGAUUGGACUUUUAAAUUUGAGCCUAGGCUUCAAUUCUGUUGGCUUCUAUCAGAUGACUAAGUUGGCAAUCAUCCCGUGUACUAUUCUGUUGGAGAUCCUUUUUCUUGGGAAAAAAUUCAGUAAAAGAAUACAGUUAUCCCUUGCCAUCCUCCUUCUAGGUGUUGGAAUUGCAACAGUCACUGAUUUGCAGCUCAAUGCUUUAGGCUCUUUCUUAUCUUUGCUAGCUGUGAUUACAACAUGUGUUGCUCAGAUUAUGACAAAUACCAUUCAGAAGAAGUUUAAGGUUUCUUCUACCCAACUUUUGUAUCAGUCAUGUCCAUAUCAAUCAGCUACCUUGUUAAUCUCUGGACCAUAUUUGGAUAAACUUCUGACCAACCUAAAUGUUUUUGCUUUCAACUACACAACACAAGUGCUGACUGUAAUUAUUCUUUCGUGUUUGAUCUCUAUCGCUGUGAAUUUUAGUACAUUUCUUGUAAUUGGAAAAACAUCUCCAGUCACCUAUCAAGUUCUUGGACAUCUAAAGACAUGUCUUGUUUUGGCUUUUGGAUAUAUUAUUGUCCAUGACCCUUUCAGCUGGAGAAACAUAUUGGGAAUUUUGGUAGCCAUGGUUGGGAUGAUUCUAUAUUCCUACUCUUGUGUUCUUGAGGGUCAACAAAAAGCAAUUGAAACUGCCCCACAAGUAUCACAGGCAAGAGAAGGUGAAUCCGAGACUCUCAUCAACGUGGAUAAUGGAAAUACAAUCUUGAGCAAAAGGCCCCCAGUGUGGAGCAAAGAAAAAGACUAGCACUUGAUAAGCUUUUCAAAAUCAUCAUUAAGAACAUUGUACAGGCCUAUAGAAAAAUUAUAUAUACCCUUAAUUGGGAACUUUCUUAGACGCCACUCUUAAUUACUUACAAGUUUGAAUUGUUUCACUCAGUAUUAUUAGCUUAGCAUUUGAUAUAUAGCUAACCAACAAUGUUGUCGGAGGGGAGGGGAACACGGUUGUGUCUAAGUUAUUGGCCAAUAUAGAUAUGGUUCACUUAGCAAAUACUGAUUAAAUAUCUUCUUA